AUGAAGGAGAUGUCCAAGAACAGACACCCUGAGGGCCAGAACUGCACCGUUACAAUGGCAAAUGGCACAGACACACGAGCGAUAAUGGGGACCGAGGGCACCGUGCUCGCCUGUGGUGUCGAGCAGAGGGGAGAAAGAGAAGGCACCAUUGUGGGACUAGGCAUCCGCCACAACUUAGACCGAAAGGUUCAGCGCCGAGGAGCCCGAGGGCCAGGACACCCACCAAGGCUGCUUGCCACGCUGCACAGGCUCCUGACCAGACGAGCCAACUCCGCUGGCAAGCAACCGGCGCUGAAGAGGUUGUUUCUGAGUCGCACCAACGGGCCACUGUCCCUUUCUGGGAUGAUGCAGAAGAUGAGGCUUCCUGGCGAGGAGGGCAAAACCACCGCAGUUGCAGGGACUGUAGCUGAAGAUGUGCGUGCCCAGGAGGUGCCCAAACUGAAGGUGUGUGCGCUUUGUGUGAGCAGCCCCGCAGAGAGCCACAUCCCCAAGGCUGGAGCCAAGAUCCUCACUGUGGACCUACUGGCCCUGGACUCCACCAAGGGCUGUGACACUGUCUUGCUCUCUGGCCCUCACAAGGGUCCCGAGGUGCACAGGCAUUUUGGCGAGGCCCCAGGAACCCCUCACCGGUGCACCAAGCCCUGUGUGAGAUCCAGGGGCUGGAAGUUCAAGCGCACGAGAGGCCAUCUGGCCAGCCCCAGCUACAUGAACUGA